AUGCACUUCAAGGUUGGGUUAAACAAGGACAUCUCUACUCGCAUGAUGCUUCACAAAUUCGACACCAUAGAGGUCAUCUUCCAAGCGGCUUUAGAGGUGGAGAGGAAGCUCAAAGAGAACUCUUUCGUGGCUGCCCAACCCGAGAUCUCCAAGGCUGUCCAAAAACAACCUCCAAGGUACAAAGAAAGACUAGUGGAAAAGGUAUACACACAGAAGAAAGCACUGGAUUAUCAUGACACCUUCUCACCUAUGGCUAAAAUAGUCGCAGUGAGAAUGUCAUCAGUGUUGCAGCAUUACAGAACUGGCCUCUCUUCCAAAUGGAUGUUAGUAAUGCAUUUUUGCAAGGUCAUUUGGUUGAGGAAGUGCACAUGGAUAUGCCCCAAGGUUUUCACAACCAGGGGGAUAACAACAAGCCAAUUUAUGCAAAGGCCAAAGCAAUCACACAAGGAAGCCGCCUUAAGAAUGUUGAGAUAUAUGAAAGGAUGCCCAGGACUUGGAUUAUUAUUUCUUGGAUUUAAGACACUAGUGGCUCUGUAUUGUGGCUCUGAUUGGGUUGUUUGCCCAAACACAAGAAGGUCUGUGACAGGUUAUGCAGUGAUACUAGGAGACAGUUUGAUAUCUUGGAAGUCAAAAAAGCAGCACACUGUAAGUAGAAGCUAUGCAAAAGGUGAAUAUAGGAGCAUGGUUAUUGCGGUAGUUGAGACUCUGUGGAUUACUGGUUUGCUCCACUGA